UAGCGUGCGAAUAACGGUCCCAUAAAUGACAAAGGCUGCACCCCCUUCUGGCACAGAGUGGAUUCAGACCUGCCAGAGAGCCUAUAUACCUUACCUUAUACCUCCUAGCCUCUCUUUGAUCAUCUAUUACAAGCCUACAUUUCUAGAGCGAAUAAGAGAAAGAGAUUCUUCUGAUACUCGAGUGGAUAUUAAAUGACAUUUGUGUCCACUCUCCUCUCUCUGUUUUAAAGAAGAAAAAGGCUCACCAUGCUCUCUGCGUGUCUGGAGGUCCUUGGGAUGGGGUUGUGCCUACUGGGCUCGCUCCUGGUCAUGGUCGCGUGCGGGCUGCCCAUGUGGAAGGUGACGGCGUUCAUCGAUAUGAAUAUUGUGGUUGCGCAGACCAUCUGGGACGGGCUCUGGAUGUCGUGCGUGGUGCAGAGCACGGGUCAGAUGCAGUGCAAAAUGCACGACUCGAUGCUUGCGCUCAGCCAGGACCUGCAGACGGCACGCGCCCUCACGGUGAUAUCGGCGGUGCUGGGGGUGGCGGGGCUGGUGGUGACCAUCGCUGGAGCACAGUGCACCAACUGCAUCAAGACCGAAUCGGUGAAAGCCAAAGUGGUGAACGCAGGUGGGGUGGUCUACAUCAUCAGCGGUCUAUUGGUGCUGGUUCCCCUCUGUUGGAUGGCCAAUAACAUCAUAGUAGACUUCUACAACCCAGAUGUGUCCUCGUCCAAGAAGAGGGAGAUAGGAGCGGCCAUCUACAUUGGCUGGGCGGCCACAGCCCUGCUCCUUCUGGGGGGAACCCUGCUGUGCUGCUCCUGUCCCCAGGGAGCCAAGAGCGCCUACCCCAUCAAAUAUGCCCCCACCAAGACCAUCUCGGCCAAUGGAGACUUCGACAAGAAACAUUAUGUGUAGGUGAGGAGAGGAGAGUUUUACUCACAUCAAAACUUGGCACAGGACCUGGACGGACAAGUUGUCUACUUAGCCUACUGUUUGAUGCCCAUUGCGUAUGUUAUCUUUAUUGUGUUUCUCUAGAACGGAAGCUUCGAUAAGGGACAUUAUGUGUAGGCGAGAUGAUAUCAGGAUCCUUUUUUCCCCUCCUUUGCUUUGAUUGGCAUGGCGACUUCACCAAAAUGUAUUUUUUCUGUGUUGUAGGCUACAACUUUGUUUAGGGGUCUGGCCAUGGGUUCAUGGGUCUGAUGAACAGAAAAGGAAAAAUUCAAUUUUUUGCCAAAGGAAUGGAACCCUAUACACACCGAGAUCAUAGCUCAAGACUGACCAAGAAGUUGAAACACUUGUUGUGUAGUCUAUCUAUUGCGUAACAUUUUUAAGACUUAAAUCUUGUAUUUGCAUAUGAUUAUUUUACAUCAGGAAUUAUAUAGGCUUUCUGUAAAAAUGUUCAUGUUGUUAUCGGUUGACACUAGUCUAUUGUCUCGCCAGAGUCUGCUGUCACGGUCUGUGCGCUCUGUGAAUAAAGCUCAUUGUUCUCCACUGGCUUUACUGUGUCUGGUUGGAAGUUUUAAAUAACCACAUAAUGUACAUCUUUGCAGAGACUGGUAAUAGUUAACAUGUUUAGGUUCCCACACUGGACUCCUCCUUUGUAACACAGUGAAUGCUACUCAGACAAAUGUUCACUCAUACCAUGAUCAAAGGAGCUUAUUUGCGUUUGAAUGCUGUUCUAUUUUACUGCAUGGCUGAGUGUGUAUCUAUCUUUUGUCCUAGCCCUCUUUAAAGUACUGGGCAAUUGUUGUUCUUUAAUAAAAAAGGAAAUCCCAAUUCACAA